AUGCAUGUCAAGAUCUCUGCAACGAGCGUAUAUGCGCUGAUCGCGGUGCUCGGUUACGCCAAGGCCGAUGCCACCGGCCCUACAUUCAAUACCGGCCAUGUGUCUUCGGGGAUUUACAUCCUUGAGGCUAUCUCCACCCUGAUUCUCCCAGAUAGCCCACGCGGGUCCACGGGGACUCUCUUGCUCUCGGCCGGCAUGGAUACCGCCGCCGGUGAAGACAUAAUUCGAUUCGAAGCAACGAACUCGGAUAGUACAUGGGAUGUGCUUGCUUACACCCUCAUACAGACCCCAGCGAACACUCGGGCUCCAAUCCCUGUGCCAAAUACCGCUGCUUCGCCAGGUGAUCAUGUUACAAUGCACUAUGUCUACGAUGAAUCUAGUCAGAAAUAUACUCAAUAUAUCAUCUUGAACGGCAAUGAUGUCUCAAAUCGGACAGCCGGUGAGGCUGAAGCCAAAAGCUGGGGGAGCUUUGUGACAUGCCAGGACCAGGGCACUUGCGGCACUGUUCCUUCACACCAGUGGAUCGAUACAAAGAUCACUCUUAGCGACGCAGAUCCCGCCUACGGCUCUACGCUGGUCAAAAGCCAAGGUGUUACUGGUGACCUCAAAUCAAAGGAUGGCGGUGUGACAUGGAGCUCCUCACAGUUCAAGAUCCCUGAAUACACAUUCAAGUGA